UACAUCAAACAGAGACAAAGGCGAUAUAAUUUAAAGACGGGAACUGCGUGAUUCAUGAAGCCAAGGGGAAGGCUUUAAUCAUGGCGAGACUUAGCUCUUUCUUCAUCUUCAGCUUCUUCCUUCAAGUAGCACUCUUUGCAACAUGUUGCAGAGGGGAAUCAAAGGAGCAGCAGCAUCAGCUUCCAAAGAAACACGUGCCUUUCUUCAUCUUCGGUGAUUCAAUCCUCGAUGCCGGAAACAACAACUAUAUCAACACUUCAACUCUUGACCAAGCUAAUUUCUGGCCUUAUGGACUAACUUUUUUCAACUACCCCACCGGAAGGUUCUCUGAUGGCCGUUUAAUACCUGACUUUAUUGCUAAAUAUGCAAAGUUGCCAUUGAUUCCACCAUUUCUGCAACCGGGUUUUCGACAAUAUUACCUUGGGGUCAAUUUUGCUUCUGCUGGAGCUGGAGCUCUUGUUGAAACAUUUCAAGGAUUCGUCAUCGAUCUUAAGACACAGUUAAGGUACUAUUACAAAGUAGAUAGUUGGUUUAGACAUAAACUAGGAAAUGAUGAAGCGAAGGCGACCAUGUCAAGAGCUGUUCACUUGUUCAGCAUCGGAACCAAUGAUUACGCGAGCCCUUUCUUGACCAAUUCUACUAUCUUAAACAACUACAAUAAGUCCACUUAUGUUGGGAUGGUAAUCGGCAACAUUACAACAGUCAUUAAUGGAAUAUAUAAAAGAGGAGGUCGGAAAUUCGCGUUCAUCAACUUACCGGAUUUAGGUUGUGUUCCGGGGAUGAGGAUAAUGAAGUCCGGAAACAACGGAAGCUGCUUCGAAGAAGCGACGAGACUUGCAAGUUUGCAUAACAAAGCUCUUUCCAAGCUCCUCUAUGAUUUAGAAAAACAAUUGAAGGGGUUCAAGUAUUCGCUUUUUGACCUAAACAGUAAUCUCAGACAGAGAAUGGAACAUCCUUCUAAAUAUGGUUUCAAGGAAGGGGAGACAGCAUGCUGUGGAACUGGGGAAUAUAGAGGAGUACUCAGCUGUGGGGGAAAAAGGCCAGUGAAGGAGUUUCAACUUUGUAAGCAUCCCCAAAAGUAUGUGUUUUGGGACUCUUUGCAUCUCACUGAAAGAACUUACAAACAAUUGGCAGAUCAAAUGUGGGGUGGAGCAACAAGUGAUUCUCAUGAUGUUGGACCUUACAAUAUCAAGCAACUAUUUUCGAAUUCCUUAAACCACAGAUAUAAUUAAUUCUAUAUAUAAAUUAUUGGGUUCAUUUCAUCAAAUAAAAUGUUCACUUCGGUCA